AUGGCGAAAGCCCGUGAGCCCGUCUCCUCUGGAAUCUCUUCUGGCGAGGAGGAAACCCACGAUUCUUCGUCUGAGGAAAUCGGAUCUGAGCCCGAACAGAUCCGGAAGACUUCUGCACCGCCGGCCGCCUCGAGGAAACCCCAAUCCGACGAGGAUUCUGAAUCCGAAUCCGACAAAAAGCCCAGAAAAAAAUCCAAGUCCAAACGCAAGGACAAGGCCGCCGCCGCCUCCGCUUCAGCGGCCAGAUCUACCAAGAAGAGGGCCGUCGAGGAGGUUAAGGGGACGGAGCCCACUGUCACCAAGAAGUCGAAGAACAGUAAGAAAGCCCGUGAGCCCAUCUCCUCUGGAACCUCUUCUGGCGAGGAGGAAACCGACGAUUCUUCGUCUGAGGAAAUCGGAUCUGAGCCCGAACAGAUCCGGAAGACUUCCCCACCGCCGGCCGCCGCCUCCGCUUCAGCGGCCAGAUCUACCAGGAAGAGGGCCGUCGAGGAGGUUAAGGGGACGGAGCCCGCUGUCACCAAGAAGUCGAAGAAGAGUAAGAAGGCUGAACCCGAGAAACAACUGUUCCUGAGGAUAUGGAGCGAGGCGGACCAAAUUACCAUCCUCAACGGAAUUAUGCAGUUCAGGGCCCAGAAGAAAUCCGACCUGAAUGAAAAUUUUGACGCUUUUUUUGAGUUUAUCAAGAAGAAUUUGCAAAUUGAGGCGACGAGGGCCCAGCUGAGGGAUAAGAUUUCUAGGAUGAAAAAGAAGUAUACAAACAACAAAAGAAAGGAGCAUGAUGGUAAAGGAAGAACCUUUACGAGCCAGCAUGAGCGGGAAGCCUACGAUCUGUCGGAGAAAGUGUGGGGGGCUGAGAAAGAAAAUGGCAAUGAAAGUGGGGCUGAGAAAGAAAACAUGGUCGAAAAAGGCAAUGGAAGUGGGGCGGAGACAGUGGGUAGUGCGAGGAGGUUUGUGUGGAUGAGGAAAAGCUUGUUGAGGGGUUUAGGCGAUGUUCCAGCUGUUGAGGACAAGGAGGGGCAAAUGGGGAAUAAGGAGGACGAUGGGGCAUUGGAGAAUCUGGAGAUUGAAGAGAUGAAGGUGUACCUGAGGCUUUUUGAGUUGAAGGCUGAAAAGGCAAAGCUUUUUGUGCAGACGAUGAUCAAGUCCCGGGGCCAUUGA